ACUAUUAUAUAUCUCUCAUUCUAUUAUUUUUUAUUUUCCCAGCAUCGAUCCUUUUGUUAAUUUUUCAGAUACUGGCAAUGUGGCAACAAAAAAUAGCAUUCUUAAACAAAAAAAUAAAUUUAUUAUCCUUUUUUUUGCAUUAACGCGUAAAUAUUUUUCAAGCCGAUAAAUUCAAUAAGAACCAGAUCUAAUUUGAUUGUUGGACUUGGAUCCAACCCAUUUGAAACACCACCCUCCCUCCCGCCUCCCAACUCCACACUCCACCAUGAAACCAACCUCCUCCCGCCUCCUACACCUUACCAAAGGCCUCUCCUCCUCCUCCUCCUCCUCCUCCGCCGCCGCCCUCCACCCCCCCAGACCCCCUCCCUCCUUCUCCGCCGCCGACCCUCUCCCCCGCCUCCUCCGCGAGCGCCGCUUCCAGGAGGCUGCCGACCUCUUCUGUCGCCAGCGCCGCCUCCCUGACGCCCUCCGCCUCCUCGACCUCCUUGACUCCUCCGCCUCCCCCCUGCCCCUCUCCCUCCACCCCUCCCUCCUCCGCCUCUCCCUCGACCUCCGCUCCCCCGCCGCCUCCCUCCGCAUCCACGACCACGCCGCCGCCGCCGGCCUCCCUCCCUUCCCAGCUGUCCUCUCCAACCGCCUUAUCCACCUCCUCAUCAAGUCUGGCACCCUCUCCGAUGCCCGCCGCGUGUUCGACGCCAUGCCCGACCGGGAUCUCUGCUCCUGGAACACCCUCAUUGCCGGCUACUCCGUCGCCGGCGACCUCGCCGAGGCCCGCCGCCUCUUCGACCGGAUGCCCGACCGGGACCACUUCUCCUGGAGCACUAUCAUCUCAGGCCACGCCCGCCAUGGCCGCCCCCAGGAGGCCCUCGACCUCUACCGGCAGAUGCAGAGCAAAAGAGGCGAUGGGCGUUCGGAUCUCGGCAACAAGUUCACGGCUUCCAGUGCCCUCGCUGCCGCCACCGCCGUCCCCUGCCUCCGGCAUGGAAAGGAGAUCCACUGCCACAUAGUUCGCAUGGGUUUCAACUCCGAUGCCGUGGUGUGGAGUGCCCUCUCCGACAUGUAUGCCAAGUGUGGGUGCAUCGAUGAUGCCCGUCAUGUGUUCGAUAGUACUUCGGACAGGGACGUCGUUUCUUGGACUGCGAUGAUCGGGAGAUACUUUGAUGAGGGGCGGAGGAAGGAGGGGUUCGAGCUCUUCUCCGAUAUGUUGAGAGCCGGGGUGAGGCCAAAUGAAUUCACUUUUGCGGGGGUCUUGGAUGCUUGCUCGGAGCUGGCCAUGGAGGGGGCCGGAAGGCAGGUCCACGGCCACAUGAUCAGAAUUGGGUACGAUCCCUUCUCCUUCGCAGCCAGUGCGCUACUCCACAUGUACUCAAAGUGUGGGAACAUCGACAAGGCCAGAAAUGUGUUCCAGGGGAUGCUGAAGCCAGACUUGGUCUCUUGGACUUCGAUGAUUUCAGGGUAUGCUCAGAAUGGCCAGCCCGAGGAGGCGAUAAGGUACUUCGAUUUGCUGCUGCAGUCAGGGACCAAGCCGGAUCACAUAACGUUUGUCGGGGUCCUCUCUGCCUGCGCCCACGCCGGAUUAGUCGAUAAGGGCCUCGAAAUCUUUCAUUCGAUAAAAGAGGAGCACGGGAUUCAGCACACUCCUGAUCACUAUGCUUGCGUCGUCGACCUCCUCAGCCGGGCUGGCCGGUUCCAGGAAGCAGAGGAGAUCAUCAACAAGAUGCCAAUGAAGCCUGACAAGUUCUUGUGGGCUUCCUUGCUUGGUGGCUGCAGGAUCCACAAGAACCUUGGCUCGGCCAAACGGGCGGCCGAAGCUCUGUUUGAAUUAGAGCCAGAGAAUGCAGCGACCUACGUGACAUUGGCUAAUAUCUACGCCUCUUCCGGCUUGUGGGAUGAGGUGGAGAAGAUCAGAAAGACAAUGGACAGCAGAGGGGUGGUGAAGAAGCCGGGCUCUAGUUGGAUUGAAGUCAAGAGACGAGUCCAUGUGUUCUUGGUGGGAGACAAAUCGCACCCGCAAGCACAAGAGAUAUAUGCAUGCAUGGAUAAACUGUACGCGAGAUUGAAGGAAGAAGGGUAUGUCCCGGACACGGAUUUUGUGCUGCAUGAUGUGGAAGAUGAGCAGAAGGAAGAGGAUUUGGCACACCAUAGUGAGAGGCUUGCAGUUGCUUUCGGGAUCAUAGCCACUCCACCUGGUACACCUAUUAAGGUUUUCAAGAACCUACGUAUAUGUGGAGACUGCCACACGGCUAUCAAGUUCAUCUCAAGGAUUGCUCAGAGAGCGAUCAUUGUGAGGGACUCGAAUAGAUUCCAUCACUUUAAGGACGGGAGCUGUUCCUGUGGAGGCUAUUGGUGAUUUUAUCUUCGACAGCUUUGGUGGAGUGCGCGAAGUUGACGUUCUUCGUUUGGAGUAGCAAUUAAGCGGAUCUGAAAAGGUGGCUGGAUAUUUUUUGUGUUCAUUCCUUGGAAGAGGCGGAAAAAUCACACAAUUUGAUUUGGAAUUCGAUGGCUUGAUCAGCAGUUAUGUAGGUAAUCCAAUUCAUAAGGCAUUUUCCAAUUCAUUGUAUUACAUUUAGUUAUAUAUUAUAGUAUUACAUAUUA